GAGAGAUCACAAAUACCUCGAAAUUAUAAUGACUUUUUUGAGAUAUUUCUUGACUGGGGCCCUCCUAGCAGCAAUCCGAUGUAAGCGGAUUUCUUACUUAGGUGUUUAGCGAGAUUGUCAACACUACCGUGCCCAACCCGCGAAUAUGGCUGUAAACAUUGACUUGAACCAAGAAACUCUCAAAGGAAAACUCUCCGAGGGAUGUGAUGUUCAGUUCGUCCCUUGUAAAAUAGAACACGAUGGAGAAGCAGAAGUUGAGAAGUUCUUUAACACAUACGUCAGAGAGGAAAAAAACGAUGAGGAAGGGAAAGAAGAGAAAGUUCUUAAAGGAACUUUGCGUGGUUACCCUCUCAGUGGCUGUGUAAUAGAUGUUCCAAAGGGUUACACUGGCAUUGUUCUUAAGGAAACUAGACCUACCCUGAAUUCAGAAGAAAGUCGCACAAUGAGAGUCAUUUCCCAGUUUAAACAGUUCACUUACUGGAACUGGGACCGCGAGCCAUCUCGGGGGGACAAGUACCAACAGGCCAUGGACUGGGCGGAGAUAGCGGAUGUAAUACAUGGAUCUGAGUAGAAGAAUGCAACUAAAUCAGAUGUAGCUGAUUCUUAAUAAAAUUUAAAAGAAUG